UCCAUUUUCGGCGCAACUCACUCGCUGUCAGUAUAUGCUCUCCGAAAUGCCCUCGACAACACAUCGCAGACCUACCCGAGCAUAGAUACAUAUUGCACGCCGCAUCUUUCACUUACACCCACGGACUGGCGACCUGUUUUACUGCGACUCGGGGACUGAAGCAUGGCAGGCGGGGGGGAUGACACGGAUGUGACACUGGGACAUCUGAAGGCACGUUUGGAGGCACAGCAGCGAGCUGCAGAGCACCAGGGAACACCAGCUCAUCCUUCUACGUCACCGCUCGAUGAUACGAGAGGCCAAUAUGAACCUCUAAUCAACCGGAUCAGCAACAACUGGCGCUACGACAAGACCGAUGAGACGCAAAAGACAGGGGGACAGGGAGACGACGAGCGCGAAUACACAUGCUGCGAUCUUGACGAGGAUACGAGUUGUCCAAGCACAAUACGCGACUUGAUUGCCUCACGGAGACUUCGAAGGAUGUUGGCAGUACUGUUGCUCACCGUGGUGGCAGUGUACUACCUAUGGGCACACUAUCUACAGCCAGUCAUGGCGGUAGAUCGGCUGUAUGAGGAGGGAUUCAUGGAGCAGAGCAAUGGAACCUACGGAAUUGCGCGAGGUGGUCAUGACAAAGACCUGGUUCAUUUGAGAAAGCUGGAGCCACAUCUGUUGCCCGGUGGCGAAGCAGAUCGUGACGGUAAGCGAAGACUGGUCUUCAUUGGCGACAUUCAUGGCUGCAAGAAAGAGCUGCUGAAGUUGCUGCGCAAGGUGGAGUUCAACGAAGACACCGAUCAUCUGGUCCUGGUGGGCGACACCGUGACAAAAGGACCAGAAAAUCUUGGUGUACUGGACGAGCUCAUCCGACUCAACGCCACGAGUGUGCGGGGAAAUCACGAAGAUCGUCUUCUACACAUCGCAAAGAAGCUCCGCCUAGACGGUUCGAUUCCAGUCGAGGCAGAGAGUAGUAAAGGCUAUGCGAGAGACGCCGCUUUAGUGCGCCAGCUGGAGCCUCGUCAUUUCGUGUACAUGCGCCAAAUGCCCUUGAUGCUACAAAUUCCGGCCUUGCCCAUGGCGCGACAUCCUACGAGAAAGACGAACUCCCCAAUUACCGAGCAUAUCAUUGUCGUACACGCUGGCUUGGUGCCAGGAGUGCGACUACAGAAGCAAGAUCCCUAUUUCGUCAUGAAUAUGCGGUCCAUCAAUGGUCGAACUCACGUACCGUCUGCACUUCGAGAUGGCAAGAAUGCGAAGCCGUGGUAUGACAUCUGGUGUUGGUACAACGAUCGCAUUUUUCGACGUCACUCCAUGGCCGGCUUUCCGACCGACGAUCUAGAAAGCGAAGAUGAACAGGGAGAAGACACUCCCAGCUGGGCGGUUGGUCUCUGGAAGAACUUUUUUGGGAGAAGCAAGGUACAUCCGCGACCUCGUGUCGUCAUCUACGGACAUGACAGCAAAAGUGGUCUGGUCAUUCACAGAUGGUCCAAAGGUCUAGAUUCUGGCUGUGUUGGCGGCGGGAAAUUGACGGCGCUGGUGCUUAACGCGAAGGGUGAGCAGGAGCUCUUCCACGUGAAGUGUAAAAACUAUCGUGAUUGAGGUUUCCCCUCUCGCAUCUUCUUCCUCUGCCCUUUCAGAUCUUUUUUCUGAUGCUGCGUACAAGCGAGGCGUUGUGGUCGGACCCUACUGGUUUAGAUAUACGAUAUACCCUGGGAUAUACCUAUAUAUAUGCUAGAAUCGAUCGAAAUCCUUGGAACACAAGCCUCUCAUUGGGGUCCUGUGAUUCCAUUGCUAGGUACGCGCGAUCUUGGCAACGGAACAGCUGUGCAGAAUGAACCAUCCUGCAGAGCGAGCGCGCGCUUCUCCUUUUG